AUGCACCUCCCGGAGGGACCCAUCGGGAUGGAGAGCUUCGGCGCCAUCCACGACACCUUGAGGGCAUGCCACGGCGACCUCGUGCAGACCGGAAGUCCCGCCAUCCUGUGCAGCGCCUUGCCUUCCCACUGGCGGUCCAACAAGUCUCUGCCCGUGGCCUUCAAGGUCGUCGCCCUCGACGAGGUCACCGACGGCACCCUCGUCACCAUCCGCGCCGGCAACGACGAGAACUGCUGCGGCGAGCUGCGCAACUGCACCGCCAUAAUGAAGAACCAGGUCGCCAAGUUCAAUGACCUCAGAUUCGUCGGCAGGAGCGGAAGAGGAAAGUCGUUUUCGCUGACCAUUCAAAUAAGCACGGUGCCUUUCCAAGUGGCGACAUACUCCAAAGCCAUCAAGGUGACGGUCGACGGGCCCAGGGAACCCAGGUCCAAGUCGAAUUACCAGUAUGGGCCAGGAUUCCCCGGACUGGGACUACUAAAUCCGUGGAUCGACGCGGCCUACCUCGGGCACGCUUGGCACCUACCGCAUCCGGCCUUGGUGAAAGGCUCGAUGUCCAUGCCACCAGCGGACCUGUUCACGCCUAGUUUCGCGCCAACGGUGCUAACGUCGGGUUGCCACUUUGGCGAGCACGUCAAGUACCCGAUGGACUACCCGAUGCCACCAAAGAUCCCCACGGCGACCAUCCCGACCAGUCCAUCCAGAAGCCCGGCAAGAAGUCCGAGCGAAAGUGGCAGCGAAUCCGCCGCCGAGGAGGUUAGGAGUGCCUUCGUGCCGAUCCGCCUAAACACCCUGCCAGUAUCGACAACGACGGUGCCAUCCUCGUCGUCGCCGGAGAGGACUACUCCCCGGAAGCCGACGGAAGGCACCAGAAACGAACUGAAGGCGCCACCGGCGCUCAUCUCGCAAAGGCCCCUGACGAAGAGUCCCACCUCGACGAAGCUGGCGUCGCCUCCGCCUGCAAAACCCGUCUGGAGGCCGUACUGA